AUGUUUCCUUCGGUUGAUGGUCGCCUUGCUAUCCUCGCCCUCUUACCUCUUUCCCUCGUUGUCAUCACAGCCCUCGGGUGGUUCAUCGAAAACAGACAGAGAAAGCCUCGCCUUCCUCCUGGCCCAGUGCAGCUCCCACUGUUGGGGAAUGUCUUAUCUAUUGACACCAAGGAGCCUUGGUUGACUUAUACGAAAUGGCAUGCUGCUUAUGGGGACUUAUUCCUCGUACGAAUCCUGGACCAGGAAGCGGUGGUGAUUAAUUCUCAGCACGUUGCAGAAGCUUUAAUGGACAAGCGUUCUCGGAUCUACUCCGAUCGACCGUACUUAGCCACAGUUGAGCCAUUUGGCUGGUCCGCGGUCACCUUUGGGUUUACAGGUUAUAAUGACGAAUGGCGUCUUUCUCGACGACUCUUCCACCAAACUUUUCGUCCUAGCUCUGCACUUAAGUUUCGCCCGAUGCAGAUCAGUCGGGCUCGUGACAUGAUCGUCAACCUAAUUGAUGACCCUCAACAUUAUCAUUCCCACUUUGCAACGUUCUCGUCAUCUAUUGGAAUGUCUGUUAUAUAUGACUACCAGCCCAGUGCUCGUGACGACCCUCUGGUUAAAAUCGUGGAAAAUGCUUUGACUGUUGGCCUUGACAUAGCGACCCCAGAGAGAGCAAUCUUGCUUAAACUCUUCCCCUUUUUACUGAAGUUACCUGACUGGUGCUGGGGAUCCUCGAUCAAACGCGAUGCUCGAAUUUCGACCGAGCAUAUGAAUGAAAUGAGGGACUUGCCGUUUCAAUGCGCGCAGCAGCAUAUGGUUGCAAAUUCGUUCCUCGGCCAGUCCUCAAUGGUAGCAGAAAACUUACAACGGAUGGAGAAGCAAGAUGAGGCAUCCAAACCAAUGUUUGAGACUGCCUUAAAGCAAGCAGCUGCAGCUGCAGUUUUGGGUUCAUAUGAGACGACUUCUUCGACCUUGAUGAUUUUUGCUCUCGCCAUGGUGUUGUAUCCAGAUGUCCAGAGACGCGCGCAAGCGGAAAUUGACUUGGUGAUCGGAAGAGAUCGCUUACCUACAUUUGAGGACAGAGCAUCAUUACCCUAUGUUGAAUCAAUCCUACGGGAGACUUUCAGAUGGCAGCCUAUUUUACCCCUAGGCGUGCCACAUGCCACCUCGAGUGAUGAUACAUACGAUGGUUAUUUCAUUCCGAAAGGAGCGACCAUCAUGUGCAACGUCUGGGCGAUUUCACGGGAUGAAAAGCGGUACCCUGACGCAUCUCGUUUUGUGCCAGAGAGGUUCCUAGACGUUAAUGGCGCGUUGACGGGCGAUGACCCUGCGGGAUACAUUUUUGGCCUAGGCCGGCGUGCAUGUCCAGGCCGGUAUUCCGGUGAUGCCUCUGUGUGGUCUGCUAUUGUGACUAUGUUGGCUACGGUGGACUUUUCUUCCGCCAAGGAUGGCCAGGGCAAAGUGAUCGACUUCACCCCCCAAUUUAUAACAGGAAUUAUUCGGUACUUGUUUCGUCACUCCAUCCUCCUGUCACUAACAGUUGCGUCGCUUUAG